AUGCGCCUCAUAAGCAUUACUGGCCCACCACCCUUUCACUCUAAAACUCGAUCAUAUAUGCACCGCCGAGAGGUGAAAAACAGCUUUGGAUUUUUGCUUUGCUUUUUAGAUUCGGACGAUGAUGAGGCGAACGUAAAAGACGGAGGUCUUGAUGCUUUAUUCCUUGUUAGGAAUAAACCGGAAGAGAUUGAAAAAUAUGUAAUUCAUCUUCGGAAGAUGCUGCUGGAAGGCGAAGGUGAAACUGUCGUUGAAAUCGGUGUUCCCAUAGAGCAGGGUGGAAAAGCCUCUGGCAUCCCAACAAAGGAUUUGGAAACCGCGGUUGCCAAUCAUGUUCGAGUUGCGGUUGUAGGAAAUGUGGAUGCAGGAAAAUCUACUUUGCUUGGAGUAUUAACCCAUAGUGUCCUUGACGAUGGAAGGGGGUUGGCGAGAACAAAAUUGUUCAGACAUAAACACGAGUUUGAAUCUGGUCGAACAUCAUCUGUUGGUAACGAUAUUCUUGGCUUUGAUGUUCAUGGCAAUGUCGUUAACAAGCCGGAUAAACAUAAUAACAACCUUGACUGGGUGCAGAUUAGCCGAGACUGCAGUAAGUUAAUAACCUUCAUCGAUCUAGCUGGACACGAGAAAUACCUUAAAACUACGAUUUUCGGAAUGACAGGACAUAUGCCUGAUUACACCAUGCUUAUGGUCGGUGCAAAUAUGGGUAUAAUUGGCACAACGAAGGAGCAUUUGUCGUUGGCGCUUUCAUUAUCAGUACCAGUAUUUAUUGUGGUAAGCGCGGGAGCUCGAAAACUUCCCGUGAUGGUUCGGAACACUAACGAUGUGAUUCAUGCCGCUGUUAAUUUCCCGAGUAAACGAGUGUGUCCUAUAUUCCAAGUGUCAAAUGUGGAAGGCACGAAUCUUGACCUUCUCAGGCAGUUCUUGAACAUUGUUCCGUUAAGGCGAACUCUAUGCGAAAACGAUCCUGCUCAUUUCCAACUCUCAUCCAUUGUGCCAUUGCAGAUAGAUGACGUUUAUUGGGUAGAAGGUGUCGGCACUGUUGUUUCGGGUACUGUACUAUCAGGAACAAUCAAAGUCAACGACACGUUGUUGUUAGGCCCCAAUUCUGUGGGUGAAUUCAUGCCAUUACCGGUGAAGUCAAUUCAUCGGAAGCGAAUGCCUGUAACAAGUGUACGAUGUGGGCAAACUGCUUCAUUUGCAUUGAGGAAAAUUACUAAACGCGAUGUUAGAAAAGGAAUGAUCUUGAUAUUGCAUCAUCCUACUACAAUAAAGCCGAAUUAUCAAGCAAUGCUUCAUAUUGGCUCCAUAAGGCAGACAGCAACACUUGUUAGCAUGACUAAGGUGUCAAAACGUCAUGCAACGAUUGAAUUGUCAAUUAUCUACAUGAUUCAAAGUGUGCGAAUACGGACGAGGAUGGUAUUCCGCGAAGGAAGAACUAAAGCCGUAGGAACAGUUGUAAACGUCAUACCACAAUCAAGUCUUGCACAACAGAGAGCUAAUAAGUUGAAGGAUAAAACUAAUAGAACAUGUGAGUUGAUAACUCUCAAAAAGUUUACAUGA